AUGAGCGACAUUGAGUUGGCCAAGGAACAUGAAGAAGCGGUCAAGGAGGAGCUGACAAAGGCAUGGUACAACACUAAACCCAAGCCAGCGAUAAAGGCUGGACAGAAAGACGACCCUAAGGAUGGGGCAGAAGACGAACAGAAGCCCGUAGACAAGAAGCCAACCGCAGUCCCUAUGGGUAACGUCGCACAAUCACAGCAAGAACGCCAUAUGGCGACAAAGAUCCGGGAUCUUCGCACCAAACCAGAUACCGCCACAGCGUUGACGUACAUCGACAGUUUCGGAGAACGUCGAGGUCCGACACACACUGCGAGUUUCUUCUCAUGGCCAGGAUGCGAGCCCCUCCACGAUGACGGCAUCCAAGGUUUUUUUGCUAUGUCCACUGAUGCAUAUAUGCCCCAUUAUCUUCUAGCACUUUAA